UCUCAUAUUACUAAAUCCAAAGAUAAAAAUAUCACUAUACAGCAAAUGCAAAUGCUGCAUAUACUUUAUUUUUAUGACACUUGAAUUAUGACCAAAAUCACAAGCAGCUAAGCAGCAGUUAUUGGCCCAACUAUUGCAGCAAUUUUAAGAUACAUUCCUUUUAUUUCAUUUUAAGCUUUUUUGAGCUGAUCUUUUUGAGAAAUAGGUGGAACAGCCCCGUGAAAAUUCGUCAUACUGGGAAGAUCUGUGACAAUCCUUCAGUGCAAGUGUAGGUAUUCCUCAUCAAAUAUUAUUUUUCUCUGGACAGAAAUGUCAUGCAGGGAUGAAAGCAGAAUAGCUGUCUAAAUUUGGGUUACAUUUUUACUUCUUUGUAAUAAAAGCACUGGCAAGAGUGCCGUUGUUUUCUUCUCUAUUACAGGCAGCUACAAAUUAAUGGGAGAGUUCACAGAAAGCUCUGGGUUUCCUUUCAAGAUACUUGAUGGGAUUCAAAGAGCUGAUUUGGUCCCUGGAUUUCCACCCUGAGAAACUGAAUUAUCUGUGCGAAGGACAUUUGUGACCUGUUUGUGGGUGAGGUAUAAAGUCAUUUAUGGCAUGGCAUUUCCUGUGGGCACAAUGAUCACAGCAAAGAUCUUCAGUUAAAGAAAGCCCAAUGAUUUCAGUAGUAUAUAUAAACCACUGGACCACAGGCAAAAUCAUUACUAUUAUUCUCAAUUGUAAACACAUUAUUCAUUUCCUAUUGGCCUUGUUUAGCAGUUUAUUCUGCAGUGUAGCCAGGUGCAGAUUCUCCCUGUUCAUUACGCUGGUUUUCCUUCCUGGUGGUUCACUGACAGGCACAUUAAGUACAGAGAUGAAUGGAAAGGGUGUUGUGGAUAAAGCAGACCAAUGGCUGAAGUGUAUGACCAACAGGCAAUGCCUUUUCUUGCUGUUCAGAGCCAAGCCCACAAAAAAUGCAAUCAUCCUCCCUCACAGCCUUGUUGGUGUAACUGCACCUUGAGAUGGCAGUGGCUGUGCUGUUAACCAGCUCAUGCUCUGCCAGGCUGCCAGCACCUUUCUCACCAAUAUCCCUGUGCCAGUGUCACCAAGCCUGAGUCAAUGCUGCCCAGCAUCAUCCUCAUGGCAGAGAGCUGGCAAAGGGAUGGUGCAGGGAGUCAGCCCAUGGGUCAGCCCUGAAGGGUGCAAAAGAAGCCAGGGAUACUUGCUUGGGAGCUUCAUAGAAUGAGCAGGGACCAUGAACUGUGUGUGCUCCUUCCAGCCCCUCCGUCUGCCUUAAGGGGAGAGGAGCAGUGAAUCUGGUUCUGCUUCUGCAAAAUCAGCAUAAAUCACAGCCUAUUCCCUCAGCUGCCCAUUGACAAUUAAUUUCCAGAGAGAUAAACGGUUUAGGAUGCCUUUGGCAGCGUGGGUUCAGCCAUGGAGAGUUUGGUUGGGUUAUGCAGUAAAAAAACAAUGUCAUAGCAUAGCUCCUUUGGGAGCUGCUUGAAGGCGAUGCGCCUGCUUCCUUCCAGCAAUUCCUCCCUUCUUGCUGCCUUUGCGACGGCUUUCUGCGCUGACAAAGGAGGGAGGAGGGAAAGACAGGAGGGUCUUUGCAUGAAAGCAGCCCAAGCUCCCACCGAGCACCCGGGGCUGGAGUGGAGAGAGGAAGAAACAGGCAGGAGCUGUAGGGCGUGUUACGGGUGGGAGGAGAAAGCCGAGCCGGGAGCUUCUAUAUAUGAGGGGUGCGGUGGCGAGCCGAGUCCAGCCUGGAGCCAUGCGGGGCCGGGGGCUGCUGUGCGGCAUCGCCCUCUCGUUGCUGCUGCAGCCGCCGCGCAGUGAGUGCGGGGACAUCGGGCUGGGCACCGGCGGGGCGGGGGGCACGAGUGCGUUCGUUCUGCCGCAUGAGCCUCGGGGAGGAUGGGCUUGGGAUGGCACGGGGCUUGGGACGUAAGGGUAUCUAUCUCCUCCUGCUCCCCUCCUCCCAGUUUCUCGUUCUCUAUCUUGGUGCUGAGCCGUUCGCCUCCUGUUCCCUAUCCCCAGGCGCAGAGGCUGGUGGCGCAGAGCCGCAGCCCGCCGUGCUGGUGCUGAGCUGGGACGCGCUGCGGAGCCCGGGCGGAGAGCAGCAUCCACUCCGAGCUGAAGUUAGGAUACAGGCAGAAGGCCAGGAGCUCAUCUUGGACUUAGAGAAAAAUGGAGACCUGUUUGCACCAGGCUACACUGAGACUCACUACAGCCAGACAGGACAAGCACGGACCAUCCCUCUGGCCCACACUGAGCACUGCUUUUACCAGGGAGUGGUGCGGGGCAGAAAGCACUCCAGCGUGACGCUCAGUUCAUGCCAAGGGCUGCGAGGCCUCAUCGUACUGAGAAGCAAUUGCAGCUAUAUCUUGGAGCCUCUUCCUGACAACCCAGACCAGCACCGGAUCUACAGGCUGGAUGAUCUGAGGAUGCCAGCAGGAGCCUGUGGCCACCAGGACUCCAUGGCCAUAGCCAGGAAUUGGCUUGGGGACUUUGCAGCUGGGGUGAAAUUCCCCAACCACAGGGUGAGGCGGGAAGCUCUGCAGGCUACGAAGUAUGUGGAGCUGCUGCUUGUGGCUGACUAUGCAGAGGUUCAGAAACAUCAUUUCAACAUUGAAGCAACAAGGCUUAAAUUAGUGGAGGCUGCUAAUUACGUGGAUAAGUUUUACAGGUCCCUGAAUAUCCGGAUUGCCUUGGUGGGGCUGGAGAUCUGGAGUAAUGGGAACAAAUGUGAUUGCACUGAGAAUCCUUACUCCACCCUGAAGUCCUUCCUGGCCUGGAGCAGCAAGGAGCGGGUGUACAGAAAGCAUGAUAAUGCCCAACUAAUCACGGGUGUGCCCUUCCAAGGUACCACAGUAGGUUUGGCUCCUGUGAUGUCCAUGUGCUCAGAUCUCCAGUCAGGAGGAGUAAACAUGGACCACUCUGAUAAUGCCAUUGGUGUUGCUGCUACUAUUGCCCAUGAGAUGGGCCACAAUUUUGGCAUGAAUCAUGACUCAUCUGGCUGUUGUACCACCCGUGCAGAGGAAGGAGGCUGCAUCAUGGCUUCUGCCACUGGGCACCCAUUCCCCAGGGUGUUCAACCAGUGCAACAGGAGAGAGCUGGAGAAGUAUUUGCACUCAGGUGGAGGGAUGUGCCUUUCCAACAUGCCAGAUACCAAGAGAAUGUAUGGAGGGAGGAAAUGUGGAAAUGGCUACUUGGAAGAAGGGGAGGAGUGUGACUGUGGAGAGGUGGAGGAAUGCAACAAUCCCUGCUGCAACGCCAACAACUGCUCCCUGAAGCUGGGUGCUCAGUGUGCCCACGGCAGCUGCUGUCACGAGUGCAAGCUGAUGUCUCCAGGAACUCUCUGCAGGGAAAAGUCAGGACUAUGUGACCUCCCAGAGUACUGCACUGGGCAGUCACCGUUCUGCCCCUCCAACUCCUACCAAAUUGAUGGGACUUCCUGUGAAGGAGGAAAGGCAUAUUGCUAUAAUGGCAUGUGUCUCACAUACAAAGACCAGUGCUUGCAGCUGUGGGGGCCAGGAGCAUGGCCAGCACCAGACACCUGCUUUGAGAAAGUCAAUGCUGCUGGAGAUGUCUACGGGAACUGUGGGAAGGACGUCUAUGGCAACUACAGGAAGUGUGAGAAAAGAGAUGCUAAAUGUGGGAAGAUCCAGUGCCAGAGCUCUGCUUCCAAACCUGUGCUGCCCAAUGCCGUGCCCAUAGACACAACUAUCUCCCUGCAGAGGACGAAGGUGAGAUGCCGAGGGACCCACGUGUACAGAUUUGAGAAUGAAGAAAAGGAGAUGCUGGACCCUGCCUUGGUGUUGACAGGAACAAAAUGUGGCAGCCAUCAUGUUUGCUUUGAGGGACGCUGUCAGAACACAUCCGUCAUCUUUGAGUCUGAAAGCUGUAGUGAGAAGUGCAAUGGCAAUGGGGUCUGCAACAACAACAAGAACUGCCACUGCAACCCAGGAUGGGCCCCCCCAUUUUGCAACAAGCGUGGGGGGGGAGGAAGCUUGGACAGUGGCCCUCUAUCACCAGAAGGCUCUUCAGCAGUAGUGAUAGCUCUGGCCAUCCUGGCUUCCAUUCUUCUUCUCAUUGGAAUCAUGCUUUUGUUCUAUUAUCUGAAGUGCUGGAAUAAAUUUGUCAUCUGUUCUCUAAAGAAGGCUCCACAGAUCAGCGACGCCUCUGGAAAUGGCCAUGCAAACCCUGCCUUCAAAUUGAGAACCCCCCAGCAGCAGAGGAAGGUGAUUGGCUUCCCUGAAAUCCCAUCAAAACCUCCUCCCCAACCAGCUCCUUGCCUCCAAAUUAACAUGCAGCAGCAGUCUGCCUUCACCGGCUACAGCUAUGGUACAGGAAGUCCCGCAGGACCCGUGCAUCCAGCACUGGCAAAGGAUGUGCCCCGCAGGACACCCCCAAGCAGGCCAGCACCUCCAGCUCCCAGAUCCCCCCCUCAGGACAUUUCGAGGCCCCGGCCGCCCCAAAGAGCUUUGCCAGCCAACCCAGUCCCAAGCAGGUCCAGAGCACGGCCUGGGGACAGCCCUGCCAUCCCACUGCCUCCUGCUCGGCCCAGGAUCCCAGGACAACCCCAGCCUGCAGCAGAGAACACUGGUGCUAGGACAGCUGGAGCAGCAAAGGUUCUGAGAAGAGGACAGCCAGGCUCCAGUGCACACCCAUGAACUGGUCUAUUCCCUGAUGGUUCUGAUCUUCAUGAGGGACUGGAUGGCCUUCAUCAUCCAGAAAAGUUUUCAUUGGCCACAGGUUUUUUUCCACUUAGCCUUAUCUGUUUCCUAUGUGACUCGAGAGGCUGCAGGCAGACUUGGUAGGAGUGCACCCAAGAAGCGAGCCGGUACAUGCCAAGCUGAAACCUUCUCUCUCUGCUAAUAGCCUUUUCUUUAUAGGGACAAUUUGUUUAUGUGGUAUUUAUAUGUUAUUGUGCAAUACUCAAUGCAGGGAUGGGGCAAUGUGGGCUUCACAUAAUUUUUUUAGCAGUUAUUUGUUUCCAGGUAGUGCAGGUGAUGGCCUUGAUAGCCUUUCAUCGAUGAACUAGCCCUAUUGGCUUCCUCAGCCCAUCCAGGCAGCUGCAGGAGCAAUCAGUGGUGCUAUAGAGAAACAGCUGUCUCUUGGGAGACCAAGAGGCAGCUGCUGAUAAUUUUCUUCAGUUCAUUCACAGUUUACAGUGGCCAGCAAGGUGGGCCACAACAGAGAGCAAACCAUGGAAAUAUUCCUGGUUAAGGUCACUCUGGAUUUUGGUCAACUUUUAUAGAAAAUAUUAAUUAUUUUCUCCAUAAAACUUUCUUCAGCAAGUACUCUGCAACCUUUCAGUCCUUCAGCACUCCUUGCCUUGGUGCUAUAGGACCAACACGAUCUGUGUGUUCUCACCUGUGUCUCUGGGACACAGCCAAGGUACGACAGGGACGCUCUCCCCCAAGACACGGAGCUAUAAUGGCCAGCAACAGCCAGUACUGAAACCUCCUCCCCACCACAUGGUACCACAGAAAAUCAAUAGACUCUUUCGUGUGCAUCCCUUCAGGCUUUUGGUCUGUGCUGAGCAGUGAUUCAGCACAAGCCAACUACUCUUCAUACCAGUAAGAAACCUGCUCUAAUGUUGACCAGGUGGUAAUACAGCAGAAAUAGUAAUGACACAUGGUGCUUUUGUAGGACAGCUUUAUUUACUCCAGGUUUCUUUCUUAAGGACUUGGAUGGAGAGAGCUGUGUGCACUUUAAGCUGCUGAUUGAUAGUUCUGACCCUCAGAACCCUCCCUUGUGAGCUUGAUU